CUGAUGAGGUCAAUCGAAUCGACCAAGUAAACCAAAUAAAGAAUUAAAGAAAAGCUAUGAAAUAAGACAACGCAGCUACUCCUAGGCCUUGCCAUCUACCUGACCUUCAUUCAUUGAUCUCUCUCUGUUCUUCAACCAUGAAUGUCUCCAACAUAUGUUCUUUCCUUCUUCAACCUCAAAGAAUCCAUUCUCUUCAUCUCAAUCUGCUCUUCAUCUUCUUUUUAUUGCUGCUUCCCCAUGCAAAAUCAAUUUCCUUCAACUUCCCUAGUUUCCCGACAAAUAUGAAUAACAUGACAUUCCUGGGUGACGCAUUCACGUCCGGAGGAGCUCUCCAACUUACAAAGAAUCAAAUUGACGCCAACAUCACAUUCAGUGCGGGUCGUGCCUCAUAUGCUGAGCCCGUGCGCCUUUGGGAUGCCAAGACAGGGAGGCUUACAGACUUCACCACCCACUUCUCCUUUAGCAUAACCGCUGUUAAUCAGUCGGAUCACGGAGACGGGCUCUCCUUCUUUAUUGCGCCAUUUCAGUCUGACAUCCCUAAAAAUUCAAGCGGCGGGUAUCUUGGACUGUUUGGUUCGGCAACCGCGCUCAACAACUCUUUGAAUCAAAUUGUUGCAGUUGAGUUUGACACUUACCAAAAUGAUUGGGAUCCAAGCGAUGAUCAUGUCGGAAUCAAUGUCAACACCAUUGUCUCAGCGGCAAAUGUCUCGUGGAAAACUAGCAUGAGGACAGGGUCAACAGGAAAUGCAUGGGUAAGUUACAACUCAACCACCAAAAAUCUAAGUGUCUUCUUAACGUAUGCUGAUAAUCCAGCCUUCAAUGGGGAUUCUAUCCUUUCAUAUGUUGUUGAUUUGCGGAAUGUUUUGCCGGAAUGGGUUAGAGUUGGUUUCUCCGCAGCUACAGGUCAGUGGAUUGAGUUGCAUGCAGUAAGUUCUUGGUCAUUCGAUUCAACCUUGGAGACCAACGAUGGGAAGAAAAACAGAAUGGGGUUGGUGAUUGGUUUAACCGUGGGUUUUGGUGUAUUGGGUUGUGGAUUUGGUCUACUUUGGUUCAUCUGUUGGAGAAAAAGGGCCGGUGGGAAAAAAGAAGAUUUGGACGGAGAUAUCGGUAUGGAUGACGAAUUUGAAAAAGGAACCGGCCCAAGGAGGUUCACUUACCGUGAGCUUAUCCGUGCAACAAAAAACUUUGCCGAAGGAGGGAAGCUUGGAGAGGGAGGAUUCGGAGGCGUUUACAAAGGUUUGUUAAGUGAAUCCAAUACAGACGUUGCUGUUAAGAGGGUCUCAAAGGGAUCAAAGCAGGGGAAAAAGGAGUACAUAGCAGAAGUGAGAAUCAUUAGUCGUUUGAGGCACAGGAAUUUGGUUCAACUAAUUGGUUGGUGCCAUGAAAAGGGUGAGUUCCUUCUCGUCUACGAGUACAUGCCUAAUGGAAGCCUUGAUACUCAUCUUUUUGGUGGGAAGACUAUGCUGACAUGGGCAGUAAGGUACAAAGUAGCCCUUGGAUUGGCUUCUUCUCUGCUCUACCUUCAUGAAGAGUGGGAACAAUGUGUUGUCCACAGGGAUAUCAAGUCAAGCAAUAUCAUGUUAGACGCAAAUUUCAAUGCCAAGCUCGGCGAUUUUGGUCUUGCAAGGCUUGUAGACCAUGAGUUGGGCUCACAAACAACUGUUUUGGCCGGCACCAUGGGCUACCUAGCGCCGGAGUGUGUCACCACCGGCAAGGCCAGCAAGGAAUCCGAUGUCUACAGUUUUGGGGUGGUUUCCCUUGAGAUUGCAUGCGGAAGAAAACCAGUGGAACCCAGAGCAGAACAGAGCAAGGUAAGGCUGGUAGAGUAUGUAUGGGAUCUGUAUGGAAAAGGCCAGCUCCUUGAAGCUGUUGAUAAGGGAUUAAGUAUGGAAUUUGAUGAGAAACAAACGGAGUGCUUGAUGGUCGUUGGAUUAUGGUGUUGCCAUCCUGAUCCAACCAACCGGCCGUCGAUAAGGCAAGUGAUAAAUGUUCUUAAUUCUGAAGCUCCCUUGCCAAACCUUCCGUCGAAGUUUCCGGUGCCAAUGUAUUUUGCACCUCCAAUGCAUAUGUGUAGAUUCUCCUAUACAUCUUCAUCUGCUCUCACAGGGUCAUCGAAAGAUCAGACGCAGUGUUCGUGUAGCAGUUACUCUACUACUCAUUCAUCUGCUUCAGCCGGCUCUAGAACAGCUCUUCUAAUUAACUCAGGCAAAACUGAUGUGUAGUACGUACCAUUUGUUAGGUUUGGGCUUGUAUUGUAGAUGUGUACGUAGUUUGCUUCAAUAAUUUUUUAUCCUACAAAUUAUUAUGAAAUUUAAUCAAGCAGUUGAUGAUGCAGCGGUGGGUUUGAGGGACACAUCAGGCAUUGGUGUUUUGUCGGGGAUAGAUGUACGUGUAUUGGCCGUGUAACUGUCAUCAAACUGAAUAUCGAUCACAAGGCUUAAAAUGUUAAAGGCCCAAGCCUGUCGAGCUGUCUCUAAACAAAAAUGGUUUCACACUUGUACUCUCCUAAAAUGUUAAAGCCCAAGCCUGUAUGAUUUUGGAGAUGUGACCCUUUUAAAAAGAGACUCCUAGAUAUUGUCCCUCGGCCAUAGGAUCUGAACCAUUGAUUAUAUUUUAUAGCAUCUAAUUAUGGUAUA